UAAUUACCAUACACUACCUGUCACAAUUUGAUUUAUGACCCCUGAUUUAUGGCUUGAUUUAUGAUCUUUUGAUUUAUGGUUUACUUUAUGGUAUGCUGACUGACAAGGCUUGGGACAUAUCUGACUGACAGGCUGAUAUGUUUAUUACCCCACCAGAACCCCCCCACCCUUGUCUUCUGCCGCAGACGUCACCUCACACCCACCAGGAUGUAACUUGUUUUACGACCUACACAGGCACCCCUAAACAAACACCAGCCAUCACUAUCGGUAGGAGUGGUCUACGUGGCCUUGUAUAUAGAUGGCUCACAACUCUGUUGGAGAUGACCAUUCAGACGCUAGCCUGAAAAAACCACGAUGGACGCAAGCUUUCUUGGAACCUGUGAGCUGGAAACAAUCCAAGCCGUUCAAAAUAUUGAAGGUUUAUCUCAACUUUGUGAGGAGUCUGUGAACACAUCAGCGCAUGUGGACCCUCUUGCAGGUCUAAAACGCUUAGUGGAUAGUAUCACGCCACCCGGAUUCGACAAUUUGUACAAACAGCCAAAAAAUCCUCAACUACAGGAUAUAACCAACAACAAUGGAUACAGGAGAGCCUUUAAGCCGAACUUAACGAGCAGUCCGGAGGUGUUGCUUGGUAAACGUUGCAACAGGGGACCAUCUUCAAGCAGAAAACGCAUCAGGCUGGAAGACAGCUGUAUACUGUUAGAUACAGAUUUGAACAACGCUGGACAGUCUACGAAUGGAGAAAGGGUGUUGCACAACGAUGUCCAGGAUGUUUUAAACAAGGACGAAUGGUCGGAGGAUUUGACGGACAUCUGGGAUCAGAACAGUUUCAGCGAACCAGUCGAAAAAACUGUUGCUGCCGCACCACCGAAUGUUGGAAUAAACGCUUCGGACAAACACAGAGACACUGACGCAAAUGAGUUACGAUCAAACCAAGAGCAUGAGCAUCAAGAUCAGGUAGGACCCGAUGGUGAUUUAAACAGUAUUGGCGAGGUUUUAACUGUUCUAAGACAGCUUUCUGAAGAAAACAGAAAAAUAUUGCUAGAUAACAAAACAAUCACAGAAUCAAACAGAAAACUAACAGAAGCUUGUAUUAAAACUUCCCAAGACAACGAAAGGUUGUCACAGUUAAAUGCAAAGAUAUCUCAAGAAAAUUUGAACAAUUUAAUUGAGCUACGUAGACAAUCUGCCUUUGUGGAAAACAACUACUUUAACGCCGUACUUGUAUUCAAAACUACUGAUGUCAUUAAAACCGACUUUAUGGUCACUCGUGUAGCCAACAUCUGUCUGAAUCUGUUCUGCUAUGGUUUCUAAUGCAUUGUGUGGCGUAGAUGGAUUUAAAAAAUGUGCGAUACAGAUUGCAAAACACAGUUUGUUUGAGGUGUUUGUUGGACAAAAAAGGUUCAUUCUGUUCCGGUCAAUCACCUGAUUGUGUGCAAGGUCACGCACCCUACAUCGCGCACCUCCAUUUUUAACCAUGGCUAUCGAGACAGUCAACACCAAACUAUUGUCUGUUUUAAUACUAUUGUUACUUUGCACAACCCUUUCAAUAGCAUCCAAAAACCUGUUCACAUUAUAACCGUCUCUGGAAGACAACACAGCGUUCACAUCAGAUGUUAAACUAUGGCCUCUAAGGGUAAUGUCAAUAACACCGCCAUCACCAGCCAACACUCUGGAGAAUGACACUAUUUGCGAUAACACAUUGUGCACAUAAGUAGCGUACGAACCCAUGUCUGUAGAUGGCGCAUGACGUAAAUUCAACGACCUGUGUAACACAAUACUAUUAAACCGCGAUCUCGGAACUAUAGUGUAAUCACCCACAACACCACCAUUUCUCACUAACCCCGCAAUAUCGCUGUCAGAUAAACCAAAGUUGGAUGCUGUCGGAUCGAGUGACGGAUGUCUAUUUUCAUGUGUACCACCACCUGCCUGAUCUGUAUGAAUAGUUUGUAGACAGUUUUGUGUAUCCCUCUCUACAGAUUCUAAAACAAGGUUGACGUUGUCCUGUAGAAAAGACAACUGCUCACUGUGCGACAUCUGUUCCAAAACAUCUGUCUGCCAACUAUCACUAAACCUACAACGCUUUGAUGGCGGGGCUUGUGUGGUACGAUUUCUAAACAAGUCAACAUCUGCAUUACCCUGUGUGAAUGUUACUUGUCGGUUAUUACUUGGACCGUUAAUAGGUGUAUCGUACGUAUUACUUAGAUACCGCAUUUGUUCGUCAAUGGUUAAAUGAUUAGACAAAACAUAAUGGUUGCCAAAGUGUUGUGU